AUGGUCCGUCAUAAGAAAGAUAACUUCUCGCGCGGAGGCAAGAAGUCCUCGAACCCCCGCCCCCGACCGGCGGUGCCCCGCGGUGAUGGCGAUGACGCUGCGCCCUCCUCGCGCCCAGCAUUCAGAGCUGCCUGCUGGGACAUGGGACACUGUGACCCAAAGCGAUGCUCAGGAAAGCGUCUGAUGAAGUUGGGCUUGAUGCGAGAGCUUCAUAUUGGCCAACGAUUCCCUGGUGUGAUCGUUUCGCCCAAUGCGAAGAAAGUUGUAUCACCUGCCGACCGAGAACUUAUGGAACAGCAUGGUGCUGCAGUGGUUGAGUGCUCUUGGGUGCGAGUCAAGGAAGUGCCUUGGUCCCGGAUUGGUGGAAAAUGCGAGCGAUUGCUGCCAUACCUUAUCGCUGCGAAUACGGUCAACUAUGGUAAACCCUGGCGUUUGAAUUGUGUCGAAGCGCUGGCAGCUUGCUUUUACAUUUGCGGACACCCGGAGUGGGCACAGGAAGUCUUGAAGAACUUCAGAUAUGGAGAAGCAUUUUUGGAAAUAAACUCGGAAUUGCUUGAUCGUUACGCCGCUUGCCAGACUGAAGAAGAUGUGAAGCGAACGGAGGAGGAGUGGCUGGCCAAGAUUGAACAAGAAUACGAAGACAGCCGCAUUGAGGGGGCCGACGACAUUUGGACAGUCGGAAAUACCAAUCGACAGCUCACGGCCCAAGAGUCUGGUGAUGACGAUGACGAGGGCGAGGACGAGAGUGGGGAGGAAGGUAGCGAGGAGGAAGACGAGAGCGAAGACGAAGCAGACAAAGACCCGUUUGCAAUUUCAGACGAUUCGGAAGAUGAAGAACAAAUGGCCGAGAUUCGACGUAAGAUUCUUGAGUCUAAAUCAUUCAAGAACCCGUCCGCCUCAGACAGGGAGCAACCGGAGAAGAUUGCACGGCCAGAAAAGCCGGUGUAUGUGGACUCAGAUGCCGAGUCUGGCUCUGCUGGAAGCGAAGAUGAGGAUUUUGACAACAUUAUCAACGCAACUACGGUCACGGAUCGCACUGGUAUCAAGGAUAUCCAGCGACGGCGGGGCAAGGAGACUGUCAGUGCUUCAUUUUCGCGAACUGAACUCUCCGCACCAAAGAGAUGGUGA